UUCACGGGUCAUGUCAUUUCAACAAACUUAUGCUUGGGAAAAAUCAUGUUGUCUGUUCAAUGAGGAUCAAGAUCAACGGUUCAUCAUUAUCAGCAGCAGCUUGUAUGAUUUUACUACAGGACAAACAUUUAUUUAAUGACAAAAGGAAAUUAAACAAGAUGUCACGCCACGAUGACUUAAGAUCCUUUUUAAGUGGAGAGGGAGAGAAGAAGGAAUUAUGGCAUGAAGGAAUACAAUGCUGAAACUGCCUCCUUCUAGGACCAAUCAAGUGAUCGUGGUGUAGGGAUGAAAACCAAGAUCGCCUCAUGUCAACAUUGUUGGACAGCCUUCAGACAUCAGGAUGUCGGAGGCAUGGCAAGAGAGAUGGGGCAAACUGGUGUCAAAGCUACUCAGAGUCCAAGUGGCCCCAGCAGCAGGUAGCGAGGAGGAGGCCACCUUGACCACCACUCUAACUGGGCUAAACCAGUGCUGCUCCAGACCAAGGCUGCUACAGGACCACCAGCAAAUUCAAGGCAUGGUGGAGAAAUGUGUGAGUCACAUCAUAGAUCCUCAUGGUACCUUAGUCCGACACUCAGCCCUUUUGCUGGCUUCCUUGCUGCGUUGCCCACCCACCCUUCACUUGCCAGGCCCCACUUUAGACCAGCUGAUGGCCUGGCUGGGAGAGGCUCUCAGGCAUCAAGGAGGGAAAGAAGGCCAGCCAGAUACUGUGUACCAGCUACUGCGUGCCUUAGCUGCCACUUUGAGGAAUACUCCCAAUCCUGCUCAGGAGGUGUACCUGACUUUGGCUGGCAGUCAUGGGUGCCUGACCCAUACAUUGGAAUCCAGCUCUGCAUGGCUUAACAAGGCCUUAGCCAUGCAGUGCCUCCACCUGCUGACCUAUGUGGGACCAGAGGUGGUGACAGAAGCAAGACAGCGUGGGGAGGAGAUCUUCCCAGCUGAGGUGGUGUCAAGCAUACAGAGGAUUGUGAUUGCGGUGGUGCAGCAAGACCCACCCAGCCCCAUCCAUUGCUCUCACCGCCUAUAUCUUCACUUAAUGGCUUCAGGUCUGAGUGUGCUCUAUAAUCUGGUGGUGUGUGCCCCUGGACAGGUGCUUGGAAACAUCAUUGUGACUGCCUGUCGCCCCUUUGCUUUCUAUGGACUGCCAGGGUACUCACAUGGGGACUUAGUGGACCACUGCCCCACUCCAUCUAUGGACUUUUCUCUCUCCCCUACACAAGACAGUGACUCCUCCAGCAGGAACUACACCAACCGCAACCGCCGGAAGCGACUGAGGAGAAAGCGAGCCCAGCCCUCUCGCUCCACCUCAGACUGCAACAGGGGAGUAGUUGGGGUUGCUCUGGGUGGCAUGUCUGUUGGAGGGGUAGGUCUUGGGCUUCGUGGGGCGCCUCCUGCUACUGCCCUGGCCAACAUCUCCCUCAAACCUGAGUGGACCAAGGGUAGAGGCCAAGCAGAGGGGCAAGAGAACCAGAAAGUCUCCCCACUCCCCUCAAACUCAGAAGGAGAGCAGGUCCAUGAGGUCAACAGUCCAGCAGAGCCUCAGAUCAGUGGCUCUGAAACUGAUUUCUCAGACUUUGAGGGCAGUGGAGAGAAAGAAACAGCACUAAUGGCUAGAGUGCGACAGUGUUCCCUCCAGGCCAUCAAUGCAGUCAUUGAUAAAGUUGGGAAGCAGCACAAGUUUAGUUUCUGGCCUCCCCUCAUGUGCCAGAACCCAUCCCUCAUGACAUGUGUGCUGAGGGACCCAUCACUUUCAGUACGCAUGGCAGCACUUCAGGUCAUUAACACCUUCUUGCUGGAUUCCUGCAAGGUGCUCACCCUUGCUGUGGAGAGUGAAGGCAAGAGUUCAUAUACCACACUGGGGCACCAGCUUGGGGUCAGUCUACGUGAGCUGCAUCGCUGUCUGGCACUUGCCCUUCUCUCAGAGAAAUUUCCAAGUGCCCUUGUCAGAACCCUCAAGACAAUUGAGCUUUUGGUGGAGAACGUCAACUAUUCCAAGCUGCAGCCAGGCCUUCUCAGCAAACUGGUGACACAUGUCAAGUACUUCAUGCGUUAUAAGGAGGCUGUGGUACGGGCCAAUGCUUUCUCAGUGAUGGUGAGUGUACUGAUGAUUAAACCACAAGUGGAGGAGCUGCGGGACUUGUUGCUGCGUUACCAGACACCUACCAUCACUGCACCUCCAGCUGUGCUGCCACCGCCCUCCAUGGAGGAGGAGGUGCCUGGCGAGGAGGAAGAAGAAGAGGAAAAUGAUGAAAACCUGAAGAAGGAAAUGGAAAACUUAAAUCUGCUGAGUGAAGAGGAAGAGGAGGCAAGCAGUGGAGGAGAGAAGACCAUGGUGUCCUGGCUGGUGGGUCGAUGUGUGGAUUCUCUUCUAGCAUUGGACCAUGAGGCUGUGCAGGGCAUCUAUAUUCAGGUACAGCUACAGUCCUUGAAGGUACUGAAUGCCCUAGUGAGUGAACACCUGACCCUCAUCCUGCCCAGCUUACCUCUCAUUCAGCGGGUCAUCACUGUGUGUAGUGAAGCUGUUCAGGAGUCUGUGCCAUCAUCAUCAUCAACACCAUACCAUCCCAUCCACACACUCCCCAACAACAGGGAUCAUCAGCCAGGAAGAACUGGUGAUGUUGUGGAUGGAGGAGAUGCAAGCCUAACAUCUCCAGAUCCUGGUGUAGUGGUGGAGCACACAUACAUUCUGCUGGGCUGUUUGCUGGGGGCAGUGAAGACAGACUUGGAUGGAAAGACUGAGUCCUGCCUCAGCCUCACUCAGGCACAGCAACUCUGGCUCUGGGCACUCCAGGGUCCCCUCCAGGUUCUUCUCACCCAAGCUGCCUCAGGACACAAGGACAGGACAUCUAAGACCUCUUCUACACUAGGACAAACUGAAAGAUGUGAUCAAGGUAGCUGGAGAGACCGGGAAGUAGUGAGCAAUGCUGACAGCACUGAGGGUUCCUUGAAACAGGUGGUAGCAAUGGCAACAGUUCUUUCUCAUUUCAGUCCAGAGGUGUUUGAGAGCCUUGGUGAAGUAUGGGCAGGCCGUGUCACCUCCACUGUCCACUGGUUAGUGACUCACCCUGAACCAGAGCUACGGUUGGCUGGGGUGCGGGCCAUGGCCAUCAUGGUGGGUUUUCCUGGAGUGGUGGGCAAUCCAGGCAGUCUGGCUCUUCUGCAUGCCACUGUAGAGGCUGCUUGUGAUCUCUUGGCUCAGCGCGAUGCCAAUGUUAACAGGGACCGCCUCCUGGCUUCCUGGGCACUGGCCAAUGUUUCAUCUGUCUUUGAGUUAUACAAAGAGAGCUGGGAGGGGAGUGAGCAUUUUGGCUCAAGAGAGGUACUAUCCCAGGAGAUGCUUGGGCGUGUAUUGGAUGUGGGGCUCAGGGCCUGCCAAGACAAGGACAAGAUCCGACCCCAUGGUGUGCGCUGCAUUGGGAAUGUUGCCAGCUUCCUGCAGCCCCAGCAGGUGGCUCAUCCUGCACUCGUCCCACUGGUAACCCAGACAGUGGACACCCUUAUCACCUGUGCCAGCUCUGGCAGUAACAUGAAGACCCGUUGGAAUGCAUGUCAUGCUCUUGGCAAUAUUAUGUCAAGUGGUCGCCUCCCUAUAGCCACUGCUCCUUGGAGGGGUCAGGUGUUCACCAUUCUGGGCUGCCUUGUGGAGAGCUUCAAGAACUACAAAGUGCGGAUCCAGGCAUGCAGUGCACUGUGUAGUGUGACAGGGCGGCAGGAGUAUGGAAAUGAAUACCUUGGGGUUUGGCGGGCUCUCCUACGUGGUCUUGACAAUGCACAGAACAUUGUUGACUACCAGGAAAUAAGGCACAGGGAUGAACUGAUCAAUCAGAUUUGCCAGGGUAUUUGUCAGCUGUGUGCCCACCUUACCCUUGUUGAUGCAGGGGCUCUCUGUGAGCUCCUGCAGGUGCACCAGGAUGUGGCAGGGCCCCUCAUGCAGAAGGCCUACUUGUCACUGCCUCCUGAGAGGUCUGGACAUGUGCUUCAGGCCCAACACCGCGUGGAGGAGCUGAUGGGAUGUGAUGCUCUGACAGAAGCUCAGCAGCAGGCACUCCUCAUCCUUGAGAAUCUCACUUCUACCUCCAUAAAUAGCUGAUAGAUGUAUUUUGGUAACUUGUAAGAAUCAAGAGUAUCCUGAUAGCCCUUGAAGAUUCAGAGCCUUUAGAGCACAAGAAUGUGUCCUGAUGAUCCUCAAAGUGAAAGUGUGUCAAGAUGACUUUCAGAGACCAAGAGUUUGUCCUGAUGACCUCUCUCAAAAUCCAGCAGUGUGUCACCAAAGUGUGAAGGUGUGCCAUAUGUAUAAUAAGGUGUGUAAUGAGCUUCUACCAGGUGUUAUUGUGAAAGAGGUAGUAUGAACUGGGAGAUUUUUUUUUUCUUUUUUUUUUUAGGAGGCAGAUGCUUUGUGUGUGUGUGUGUGUGUGAGAGAGAGAGAGAGAGAAAAAAUCUUUACAUGUGCCUAAUAUCAUUGUUAUAUAAGUGCACAGAUGUUGUAUAAGUGUACAGAUGUUAUAGCAAUACAGGUCAUCUUGACAUCUGACACUUGAUCUGCCACUCGCUGCAGUAGUGCCUCCAUGUCAUAUCUGUACAAAGAGUUGUAUUUUUUAACUGCCAUCCUGAAUUUUAAAAAGCUAAUCCACACAUCAUCUUUCCUUUUUAAAUGCUCCCUGUUCUUCAUUAAUUAUACUCUAUGAUUUUCUACACACCUAGAGUCACAACUCUUCCAUAAACCCAUAAAGAUUUCCAGCUAUAUUUAAGACAUGUAGAGAACUAUUCUUCUUACAUUCAUUUUGGCCAUCAUUUACCAUGUAAAUUGAGACAAUGAUGGCCUUUGGUCAGUCUCCUGACAUUCCUUCCCAUUCUUACUCAUAUAUCCUGUGCAUACAUUUGAUGAUAGUUUCUCCUCCAUAUUUGAACAUCUCACCUGUAAUUCAUCCACACUUACUCCCUUUCCAUUCUUUAAAUUUCUAAUUACUUUCAUUACUUGAUGUUCUCUUGCUCACCGAUGCACCUUGCCAUCAUUCACACCUACUUUUUUUCAUAUCUAUUUUUCUGAUCUACUUCACACCCCAGAGUAUCCUUCAUCUUCACAACACUUGAAUCUCAAAUACCCACUACUGAUACAAAAACCACACGUUCUCUCUCUCUCUCUCUCUCUCUCUCUCUCUCUCUCUCUCUCUCUCUCUCUCUCUCUCUCUCUCUCUCUCUCUCUCUCUCUCUCUCUCUCUCUCUCUCUCUCUCCUCUCUCUCUCUCUCUCUCUCUCUCUCUCUCUCUCUCUCUCUCUCUCUCUCUCUCUCUCUCUCUCUCUCUCUCUGAAAGGUGUGCAAUAUUCAUGAGUACUGUAUUAUUUUAUAUAGCCUUGUUGCAUACGGGUGUCGAGUUUCAUACUAUGCACAAUAUGUUGUCGAUUUUCAUACCAGUUACAAGAACUAUGAGCAUCCAACAAUUGAUGGUGACUGAUGCCAUCCAAUGUAAUAUAUGAAGUUUUCUUUUUAAGCAAGUGGCAAAACCAUACUUGUAAACUACAAUGAAGAUGUUAUUUGAGGAGUAAAAAAGCUGGCACAUGCAUCUUGAAAUACUCAUAGGUUAUCAAUUUGCAGGUACAUAUUACAUUAGACUAUCUGCUUAAAGGUCACUCAAUAUACUCAAGUAAUAUUGUAAAAUAUGCUUACAUACCAGAAGCACUGCUCACAAUAGCAUAAAAAAUAUUCCACAGGGUUUCUUUUCAUGUAUUUUGUAGUUCUGUAUCAAAAGUGAGGCUCAAUUUUCUCACCUAUUGAAUAGUCAUAGGAACAUGCUUCAGUGAUGUCACUGAUAGAAGCUGAAAGAGGGAAUUCCUUGAUGUCAUUGAGUUAAGCAUCAAGGUGAAGGGUAUUCUAUGGUGUGGAGUGGGUCAGCAUUCAGUAAUUGAAAUCAAAACCUCUUCUGUAAGGCUCAGUGAUACAAGUUUUGCCACUUUGAAGAUGCAUUUAUGUAAAUGAUUUUGUAUUAUUUUGUUGAACUUCUAAAGUUAUGGUUUAUUCUAUAAUUUAAUUUGUUGAAGUUACUUUGCAAUUAUUUUAAAAGAUAGAGAAUUGGAAAUGCCUCUCAAUAUUUUUGUAUGUAUGCCAAUAAAACAAAGAAGGUAAAA